GUCAGCAAGUAUUCGUGCCUCGAACAUAGCCAGCUAAAGAUGCCUCGUUCUCAAUGGAAUCCCUGUGGUGGUGUGGUGAUGCUGCUCCUGGCAGGCGGCUGGAGCCUGGCCUGGGCCUACCUGCCCGACGUGAAUAUCUUCACCAACUACCGCACGGAGGUGUACAAUGGCAUUCCCUCGGAGAUCGAUACCACGCCGUUUGUACGGAUUGCGGACAACUACUACUAUAUCGAGCCGAUGAACAAGGUUAAUUGGUUUCAGGCGGCAGGGGCCUGUCGCAUGAUGAACGCCCAUUUGGCGUCCAUCGAGGAUAAGCCGGAGAUGGAGUCGUUGAUCAAGUACAUGAAGGCCAAGGGGUUCAAGAACAACGAUUACUUUUGGAUAUCGGGCAACGAUCUGGGCACUGAGGGUGCCUUCUAUUGGCUGUCCAAUGGCCGGCCCAUGACCUAUGCCCCCUGGAACGGGCCCAAGCAAAUGCCGGACAACUACGGAGGCAACGAGAAUUGCGUCCAUAUGUUCGCCACCCGCGAAAUGAUCAACGACGCCAACUGCAAGAUCCAGAUGCUGUACGUCUGCGAAUCCAGCGAGCCGAAGACCUUCAAAUUUACCUACAUCAAAUGGUAGAAGUAUUCAAGAAAGUAUUCGAGGCAUCACAUAGUUUUAGCCGGCUUUUUAUUAUCCGCUUUUUAUCAUUUAUCGUAAUCGUAAUCGCAAUUGUAUCGACUAUCGCUCUCAUUAUCAUUUUCUCAUUGUUUUCUGAUCAUUCCGCAUCCGUUUUUGUUUCUGUUUCUCUUGUUUCUUUUUUGUCGGGUUCUGUUCCACUAAUUAUACAAUCAGUUACGUUAUUUAUGCAUACUAAACAUUACGAUUUUCGACUUAAGAUCUAUUAAAUUUUCUACUGAAUAUGUUGUAUACAUACACAUAACAUACACAUAUAUGUAGGUUUCAAUUUUGCAAUCAUUUCUUAACAUUAUAUUUAGUUAUACGUACGUACGUUAUGUAUAUCCUAGUAUCGCCACAACAAAAAAAAUGUUCAAGAGUUCAUUUUUUGUUUGUUCAACAACAACGGCACACGUGUUCUCUUACUGAGGAUGCAUAUGUGUGUGUAUGCAUUAUGUUUGGAAAGGAGAAUAAAGAGAGAAGAGAGAGGUGGAAACCAAGCGUUAAACCCAGAGUCUGGAAUGGAAUUCAAUUGAGAGACUAGAGAAAUGAUUUACGCUUUCGAGUGUGCGUGUGUGUAAGUGUUUGGUUAGAUAAAGAGCUUACGUGUCUAGGGUUGAAACAGCGAUUCGGAUAUUGGAAAAUCUACGACAUAACCUCAACAUUAAUAUUGAUGCACUAUUAGGCAUGUUAUGUGUGUGUGUGUGUGUGUCUGUAUAUGUAGAGUCUGUGGGUGUGUGUGUGUGUGUGUGUGUGUGUAGUCUCGCAUAUGCAUGUAUGUGGUGUAUUCUGUGGUGCAUAUUCUAAGUAGCUAUCCGUUUAAGAAUCCUUAGAAUUACUCCAUAUUCUAGACAUUUUGCCCAACUUGCUUUACACACACACAUACAUAUACAUUUACAUAUACAUACAUAUAUAAAUUCACAAGUCAUGAAUAUUGCAUAUUUAUCUUUAGUUAAUAGUAGUAACUACAUACAUACAUAUAAAUAUUCAACAGACGAGUGCAUAAAUUUAAUAAUUCUUAAACAUUUACUUAGCUCCCUCCCUCUCACUCGCUCACUCAUUAUCUAUCGUUCGUUCGUACUUUCUUUCUUGUUCUCCUGCCUUUGCCGUUUUACCGUUACAUUUUCUGUUAUGUCUCCCUGUCCUGUCCUGACAGUCUGUCUGUCUGUCUAUGUGUGUAUGGGCGAGUGCAGCAGUAGGCGUGUGUGUAUGUGUAGGUGGGCUUCAAAGCUCAAUCUCUCUCUCUCUCUCUCUCUCUGUGUCUGUCUGUCAGCAAGCUGCGCAAGCUCAUUAGAGUUGUAAUGAUCGUCAGCGUGUUCUGGGUAUGGAGAGGAGAGGCGAGGCGACGGUUAUUUGCGACAUUAGCCAACACUGGACAACAGUCAACACAACAUCGAUAACCAUCGCGCACGAUGACCUAUUAAUUGGAAAACGGAUCUCCCCUUGCGAAGAUGAAAUUGAAAUUAUAAUUAUAAGAAAAGGAUCGAUUGCGAUGUGCAAAGAAAUGAUCAGAUUCAACUUCAAAGACAUUAAUCACACAGCUUAGUUUAAGCACCAAACUUUCAAAUAGUCCCAACAUCAUAAUAUCUUUAACCUGUUUCUCCUCCUUAUUCCAGUUUUCUAAAGAUGAACUAGAUCAAGUUUCUUUACUAAGCUCAUGACGUAACCAAUAGACUCAUUAGUCAUAUGAUGCUGGGGAAGCACCACAUUUUCAUGCUUUUCUUGAUAUACCACUGAUCCUUUUCUUAUAAUUCAAAUUUCAAUUUCAUCUCCGAGAAGAUAAUUUACCGCAAGGGGAGUUCCGUUUUCCGAAUAGUAGGUCAUCGUGCGCGAAGAAACAUUUAAAUUUUCAUUCGCGUAACAUACGAUAUUCUGCGCUUUUCUCGUCGAUUUUUACAUAUCGGGUACAGUUUUAGAUAUUGUUUUUUUUUGUAGUUUUUCUCUUACAGAUGGAAAGAAGAACAGCCAAAAAUGUUAUACAUGUACAAAGUCUCUAAAUGUUCAUCUCUUCACUCGUUACUCUUCGCUUUAGUUUUAAAAACCUUUCUCAAAAUGGCAGUGCGUAUAGAGAGGGGAUGAUCGGGGACGUUUAAGCCCAAGCCAGUGGCGGAGGUGGGGGAAGAGCAAGAACUAAAUAUAAGAUUAAAAAAAAAAAACG